GAUGCACAUCUAGACCUACUACAAGUAUGGAAAGCAGGAAUCUUCCAGUAGAGGACUCAGGGGAAGUAAGGUCCCAGGCACUUAAGAGACUUCUGGAGGUUUUUGGCAUUGAUGAUCCACCACAUUCUCCUUACCAUGUCAAGCAACCGCCUCAAUACAUGAUUGAUCUUUUUAAUACUGUAGCUGAUGAGGAUGGAGUUACAAAGGACCCAGAUCUUCUGGAGGGGAACACAGUCAGAAGUUUCUUUGAUAAAAUUCACAGUGAUCAGAUGUAUUUCCUGUUUAGUCUCUCAACUGUGACCAAGAGUGAAAAAAUUCUCACAGCAGAGAUGCAUCUUUUUAAACUGAAACCAAGACCUUCAGAACAUGCUUACUUCAAGAGACAUCACUUCUGUCAGAUAAGUGUGUUCUUAGUACUAGACAAAAAUAAAAUGCAGCUGCCACAAGGAAGGAAAUUGCUAUCAUCCAAACUGGUUCCAAUUCAUUCUUCAGGCUGGGAAGUGUUUUCUAUCACACAAGCUGUUCGUGCUUGGAAUGAUGAAAGCAAAAAUCAAGGUCUUCUUGUAACUGUCCGACAUCUGGGAGGAGCACAAUUUGAUACUAAUAUAAUCCGCUUUGCUUCUGGAAAAGAUCACCAUGAAAGCAAGCAGCCAAUGCUUGUUCUUUUCACCGACGAUGGAAGACGAGGCAUUUCUUCUUAUAUUUCUUAUUCAGAUGGCCAUGCUAUGCCAAUCCCCAAUGAACCGUAUGUACCAGCCCCAAACAGAACACGGAUCACUAGGUCAUUAUCAGAUGAAGGACAACUGUCCUGCCAGAGGAAUCCACUCUAUGUAGACUUUGAGGAGAUAGGGUGGUCUGGGUGGAUUAUCUCACCAAGAGGAUAUAAUGCGUACCACUGUAAGGGAACAUGUCCAUUUCCUCUAGGUCAGAACAUGAGACCCACCAACCAUGCAACUGUACAGUCUAUAAUUAAUGCCCUGAAACUGACAAAAGGAGUCAACAGCCCUUGCUGUGUUCCUGACAAACUAUUCUCCAUAAACCUACUCUACUUUGAUGAUGAUGAAAAUGUUGUGUUGAAACAAUAUGAUGAUAUGGUUGCUGGCAGCUGUGGAUGCCACUAA